CUUCUCUUUCUUCAAGGCAAAGAUGGCUAGAGUAAGUAAGAGCUUGAUUAAACUGCUUGGAUGCAGAACCAUCUUUGAAAUUCUCGAUGGAUUACCCGCCGAUGACCUUCGCUUGACCCUUUCAUUCCUUGAAAAUUCGUCGUCUUCAUAUACAAAUUCAUCCGUUCUAUCGGCGAUACGACACCUCCACAUGACCAAUGCUCGAUUCAAAAGUACAACGACGACGCUUUACGGACAUUGCACUCGUUGUCAAAACGGUUGAUACUGACGCUUUUUGGACUUCGUUAUAUGAAUUGGCCCGGAAAAUUCGAGAUGUUCCACGAAUAUCAAGUGGUUGGUCGCAAGCUCCCUUCUGCUCAGGAGGUUGCUCCUAAGCUCUACCGCAUGAGAAUUUUCGCUCCCAAUGUGGUGGUUGCCAAGUCCCGCUUCUGGUACUUCUUGAAGAAGCUCCGCAAGGUCAAGAAGGCCGCUGGUGAAAUCGUUUCCAUCAACGAAAUCUCUGAAAAGCGUCCUGAACAGAUCAAGAACUUUGGUAUCUGGCUCCGUUACGACUCUCGCUCUGGCACCCACAACAUGUACAAGGAAUACCGUGAAAUGUCCCGUGUCGAAGCUGUCGAAACCUGCUACCAGGAUAUGGCUGCUCGUCAUCGCGCUCGUUUCAGCUCCAUCCAGAUCAUCCGUGUUGCUGAGAUCGCUUCUGCCGAUGUCCGUCGCCAGUACAUCAAGCAGCUUUUGACUCCCAAGCUUUCCUUCCCCUUGCCUCACCGUAUCCAACGCGCUGAGAAGGGUCACCGCUCUUUGUUCGUCGCCAAGAGACCCUCCACCUUCUACUAAACCUUUGCUCUUUAGUAUCUUGCCUUUGUUUUGUCCUUGUUGAUGAGACAUGAAAAAAAUAAAUAAUACAGAAAUUUGUUAUUCAUUGAUGGUGUGGUUUCUUUAUUGUUAGUCAUGGCGAUAAGCGUAACAGUUGCAUAACACGAU